AGCACCGCGGCUCCACCCCGCUCCCCCGACCCGCGCGCAGGGGCUGGCGGCCACCCCGACGCCCAGGAGCGUUCGGAGCCGCCGGGGCACCUGCCUCUCGAGGGCGCCCGCCUCCUUUCUCCUCGGGGCGCUUCCGCCGGGUUCGGGCCAGGGCCCCUCUGGGCAGGGUCGGUGAGCAGGCGGAGACAGAUGUCCGCCCAGGGGACCAUGGAGGGGGGCGACCCGAGCAGCAGCAGGUGGCCCCCAGCCUUGCUCUCUCCUCCACCAGCCCCCGCUGGCCCUCAAAGGGCCUUCCGAGGGGCUCCGCCCCAUCCCCACUCCACACCCGCUCCGCCCCGGCGGGGAGAGCGCGCCCAGACCUACCCCGCGGCUUGGCGCUGGCGGAUUCCCGAGGGGCCGCACGGAUUCCGCCGACCCUGCUCCUAACCUUAGACGGCCGCUCCGGUUCCCCGAGGGCGCACGGGGUCUGGCCCGGGGCCAGGGUCGGGCGGAUGGGCUGCGGGGUUCCGUGCGGGGUGGCGCGGGAGGCGGCCGGCCGGCUGCUCUGGGCGUGGGUCGGCCUGGAUCCAGCCAGGGCGGAGCCGGGAGCCGGGAGCCGCGUCGUGGAGGCCGGGGCGCUCUCAGCGAUGGGCUGGGGGUCUCAGAGAGCUGGAGGGUCGCGGGCGUGGCUGCUGCUGCUGCUGCUGCUGCUCUUGAGGCUAACUUUGCCGGUGUGGGGGGUCAAGGCGUUUCAAGGAAACCACCCUGGAAAACCAGUCACCUUGCACUGGGUCCUGGAUGGAAGAGUCAGGCGCGAGGUCACCCUGGAGGAGCCGGUCUCGAAGCUAGACUCGGGGCUGGUGGCCUUGAAGGCUGAAGGGCAGGAGCUCCUGCUGGAGCUGGAGAAGAGCCACAGGCUGCUGGCCCCAGGAUACACAGAAACCCACUAUAGCCCAGAUGGGCACCCAGUGGUGCUGGUCCCCAACCACACGGACCACUGCCUCUACCAUGGGCACGCGAGGGGCUUCCCUGACUCCUGGGUGGUCUUCAGCACCUGCUCUGGGAUGAGGGGCCUGAUCACACUGGACAGGAAUGCCAGUUACUAUGUGCAUCCUUGGUCAGCCAGAAACUCGGAGACCUUCGUCACUCACAAGAUGUUCCAGAUCGGGCAGCUGCUUGGCUGGAAAGGGGCCUGUGGCCACAGGGAUGCCAGGAACAAAGGGGACAUGGCUAGCCUUUCUCGUGCCACUCAGGUCAAGGAGAGGCGGGAGGUUGGCAGGAGCCCAAAGUUCUUGGAGCUGUACAUUGUGGCUGACCACACGCUGUUUUUGACCCAGCACCGGAACUUGAACCACACCAAACAGCGUCUCUUGGAGGUGGCCAACUAUGUGGACCAGAUUCUCAGGACUCUGGACAUUCAGGUGGCCCUGACCGGCCUGGAAGUGUGGACGGAGCAGGAUCAGAGCCGCGUCACGCCAGACGCCAAUGCCACGCUCUGGGCCUUCCUGCACUGGUGCCGAGGGCUGAGGGCACGGCGGCCACACGACUCCACGCAGCUGCUCACGGGCCGCGCCUUCCAGGGCGCCACCGUGGGCCUGGCGCCCAUCGAGGGCAUGUGUUGUGCGGAGAGCUCCGGAGGCGUGAGCACGGACCACUCGGAGCUUCCCAUUGGCGCAGCAGCCACCAUGGCCCACGAGAUAGGUCACAGCCUUGGCCUCAGCCACGACCCUGACGGCUGCUGUGUGGAAGCGGCGGCCGAGCAAGGCGGCUGUGUCAUGGCCGGGGCCACGGGGCGCCCAUUCCCGCGGGUGUUCAGCGCCUGCAGCCGGCGCCAGCUGCGCGCCUUCUUCCGCAAGGGGGGCGGUGCGUGCCUUUCCAACGCGCCCGACUCGGGGCUCCUCGUGCCCCGGGCGCGCUGCGGGAACGGCCUCGUGGAGGACGGCGAGGAGUGCGACUGCGGCGCCAGCCAGGAGUGCCCGGACGCCUGCUGCUUCGCCCACAACUGCUCGCUGCGCGCGGGGGCCCAGUGCACCCACGGGGACUGCUGCGCUCGCUGCCUGCUGAAGCCGGCCGGCGUGCCGUGCCGCCGAGCUGUGGGUGACUGUGACCUCCCAGAGUUUUGCACGGGCGCCUCCCCUUACUGCCCCCCCGACUUGUACCUCCUGGACGGCUCGCCCUGUGCCGGCGGCCGGGGCUACUGCUGGGAUGGCGCAUGUCCUACACUGGAGCAGCAGUGCCAGCAGCUCUGGGGGCCUGGCUCCAGCCCAGCACCAGAGGCCUGUUUCCAGAUUGUGAACUCCGCGGGAGACGCCCAUGGGAACUGUGGCGAGGACAGCAAGGGUGGCUUUGUGCCUUGUGCGCAGAGGGAUGCUCAGUGUGGGAAGCUGCAGUGUCUCGGUGGGGAGCAGCGGCCACGCCCACCGCACACUGUGCCAGUGGACUCCACCAUUGGACUAGGCAGCAAUGAGGUGACCUGCAGGGGAGUCUUUGUGCUGCCCGGUGUCCAGCUGGAUGUGCUCGACUUGGGCCUGGUAGAGCCAGGCACUCAGUGUGGACCUAGCAUGGUGUGCCAGGACAGGCGCUGCCGAAAUACUACCUUCUGGCAGCUUGAGCGAUGUCUGGCAGCCUGCCAUGGCCGUGGGGUUUGCAACAGUAACCAAAACUGCCACUGUGCUCUGGGCUGGGCUCCGCCCUUCUGCGACAAGCAAGGGUUUGGUGGCAGUGUGGACAGUGGCCCCAUGCAGCCUGAAGACCACAAGGCCUUCCUGCUGGCUGUGAUGCUUAGCUUUGUGUUGCCGUUGCUCCUGGGGGCUGGCCUGGCCUGGUGCUGCUUCCGGUGCCCAGGAUCCCGUCUCCUGCCAUGCCUCUGGAGCUUGAGGAGGGAUGCCGCAAGCCGCAAGCCGAGGGGGACUGCCUCACCCUAGCCUGCCUUUGUUCUACCAGCUCAUCCUGCCAGUCUCGCUCCACUGUGCCCUUCAGGACUUUCCUAGCCUCUCAUGACUCCUCUGCCUUUUUCCACUUCCUCUGCCUAAAUCUCUUCUGUACAUCUUUCAAGUUCACAAAUGCUAGGCCUGGCACCUCCUUUCACUCCACACCACUGUUUAGCUAGGGGGCUGGCUGCCCUUGUGCCCAGGGCCUGCUCCUCACCCAGUUUUCUGUGACCUGGGAGGAGGUCACAUGAUACCUAAGCAGAGUUGAUCACUGGGUGCUGGGCAGGGGAGGCCCCCUAGGGCACAUCUGACACAGCCUGACCUUGGGAGUGCUCUGGACAAGUUGCGGGCAAGGGCAGGAUUUGGGCUAGAGACUGGGGCUGAGGGCAGCCCGGACAGGGGCCGGGCACCAGCCAGGUCCCAGGUCCUGAGAGGGCUUUGACACGAUGAGCAGUGAUUGCAGGUCUAUGGGGGACGAGCAAGGUGCUCAGAGUUUGGUGUGUCAGCAUCAGGGGGCCUAGAGGCCAGGUGCGGUGGGGGCACCCAUGUAUCAUCACUAAGGCAGAGUCUCAAGCGCAGUGGAUACUGUUUCGGAAAGAGAGCAAAGGACAAGGCAAGGCUCUGGGAGAUGGGACGUGGGCACCCAGGCAUGGCUCAGAGUCAUUGAGGGUGGCAGGGCCACCCAAUGGCAAGGGGCUCAGGAAUAUCUGAUAUUGGGGAGCACAGCCACCUGUCUUUGGAGCCUGAGUGAAGCCAGUAUCUGGAGGGUGCCAGGAUGUUGGGGUGAUGGCAGAGCUUGAGAAAAAUGUCAGGGCUAGAGAGAAAUGCCUGUGGUCCUGGGAGGGCAGGAGCCGGACCUGGAGCCUAGAACCCCAGGACCUCUCCCAGGAGGGAGCAGGAGGGGAACUGGAGGCAGGGACAUAGACCAGAAGAGUAGAGGCGCAUUAAAGGCAGAACUCAGGUCAGGUGUGUCUGCUCAGGACCACUGUGCCAGCCUCCUGCCCUCUUAU